CUAGCUUUUAAAUAACAAAACAAAAGCACAUUCCGGGCACUUGCGAUAAAUUGUGAAACUAAACGCCACUCGGGCAUCGUUCUUCCACAAAUAGUCAGUAAUCAGCAAAAAUCGAGAGCAGCUGCAUCCAUGUCACUGCCCACAACCAGAGCCACCACGGCGACGGCCACCCACGCGGUGGUCCAGGCCGUGGAAUCGUACAUACAGAACCAGAAUUUGCUAGGAGAACUCGCGGAGUUGGACGACAUGCUGUACGACCUGGUGGACAUGCACAAGGAUAACGAACUGGCCUUGAAGCGGGUCCUACAGUGCAUCUACAACCUGCUGCAAACUAACUGCAAGUGGAACGUCCGCUUUGGCCCGAAGCUGUUCCACAAGCUCGUCUCCGUGGCGAUCGCCGACAGUCGCGAAGACACGGCCAGUCGCCGGCAGCUGGUGGCCAACGUGCUGGUCUGCGUGCAGCUGCACGCGAGGAAGUUUCCGCGAAUCGAGGGAAAGUUUGUCCUGCAGCAGCUUUGGUCGCUGAGCCUGAGCAACGAUCACCAGCCACACGCGGCCCAGAUUCUGGUCCAUCUGUUCGACGAUUUCGUCCAUAAUUUUGGGCCGGAGUGUGCUCAAGAGCUAGUGGGCGUCACCCAGAAUCUGUUACAGUCGCAGGUGCGCGAGGAUCGUCGAGCGGCGUACUUUCUCAUGCGCAAGCUGCAGGGAAUCCAGGAAGUAGUGGCCGCGCUGCAGUGCAGCGAGCAGCAGUGGAGUUCCUACGUUGGCAUAAUGGAGAAUCUGGAAGAGCAGCAGUCUCACCUGGUCCUGCCCACAUUGAGCACCCUGCUGCCCCGCUUGGGCUUGAUGUCCACCAACCUAAGUGAGGACUGGCUGGCUUGGCUGAGGAUUUUGUGCGUUCGCCUCCUGGGCGACAAUAACAUCCUAGUGCUGCGAUGGACCCUCAAGUACUUCUUCUCGCAGGCCAGCCUGACCCAGUUGGCCCGCUUCAAUUUGCUGCCAGAGUUCCUGGCGGCCACAAAUCGAACGCAAUUAUUCAAUCCGGAGGUGCUCGACAGCCUGACGAUGGAGCAAUUGAACGACUUUAUGAAGGGAUUCGAGGUAGAGCCUUUGCUCCAAGCCAUCGUGGGAGUCCCGUGGCACUGUGUGCCCCUAGUUUAUUGGCUGAACGGUUGGCAGAUGGUGGAGUUGCCGGUUGUUUCCAAGGAGCUGCUCCUUCAGUUGUGCGCCCGCGUUCGGUCUUUGCAGAAUCCUCAUCUGCGGGACGUUGCUAUUAAGAAUGUUAUGUUUUCCUUCUCGAAAACAAUAGCCAGUUUGACAAUCAGCGAGUACUUGAACUUCAUUGAAUCCUUGUUCAAUACCAUCGACGAUUACGCGGACCAUUAUCAACUACAAGAUAAAAUAGAAAAGUGCAGUAGUUUCGAGGAGCACAUUGAGCAUUUCAACAGGCGCUGUUGCGAGCUGGUCUCACAAAAGGAUUACAAAUACGAUCUAUUCCUUGCGUUCCUGUUAAAAUUACGGACCGUCCCAAAGGCCAAACAUGGCUGGUGGCGAUUCCUACCCUUUUUCCUGCACCAGAACUUGGAUAAUCCCGAAAAUUAUCUGGAUUUCUACCGAUCCGUAUAUGGCAUUGACACAUCACUUCUUCAGAGCGGCGUGAGCUUGGAUACACUGCAGCAGCAUCUGCUCGAGCGCCUCGAGUGCCAGACCAGGGAAGAAAAGUCCUUUGUGCGCGAGCACUGCGUGGAUCUGUUUGCCAGCAUUAAUCUACCGACGUGGGGUAAGCUGCAGGAGUUGAACAUUAAGCCCCUGGAACUGCUGGAUCAAGGCACCGACAGCACUUUCGGAAUCCUAGCAAAUCGAUUGGCAGAGCAUACGCAGCCACUGCAGGACGAGAACAUUUUGCCCGCCCUGAUUGCCCGCUUGGGGAGAUUCAAUCUCGCUGAAACGCAAGCCAUCCUAAAGUACGCGGUAGCCAAUCUCAAUAGAGAGGAAUACGAGAAGUGCGUAGUUGAUGUUUUGAAUAGGAACACCCGCCUGUUGGGUUUCAUGGACUCUUCAGACUAUAUCAAAGCCCCACCAUCGUUCGUCCUUAGAGGGCUGUUGGCGGGAGAAACCACUACUGGCGAUGCACGCAUUGAAAUGGCUUGCGACAAUAUCAAGGAUACUAACACCAUGGCGAGAGAGCAAUUUAAAGUUUAUGCCCUCAACAACAAAGACCUGGAUGUGGCUAGCAUCUGUGACAGUUUGCUAACCAUGAACAACGAACUCUCCAGGAAAAAGACGCGGUAUUUCGCCAACUCCAAGGAGCACAGAAGAAAAAUGCGCAUUGCCAAGGCUCUGCUUGACCUAAGCGAUCGGUGGACUUGGUCAGAUGGGCUGUGGGAGGCGGCGUUGUGUCCCAAUGACCAGCUCAAUAUCAGCUUCAUGUACGAGUAUCUUGUGGCCAAAAUGCUGCCCAGCAUUCAUCCUCUACUGGAGCAACUAAAACUGCUGCCUAGUCUCAAGCCCAGCCAACAGGUAUCGCUGAUAUCCGUGGUUCACAUUUACUGCUUGAAUCGGUGGGAAAGUCUUGAUAAGAAGCUAUUGUCCGGCAUCUUUGCCGAUCUUCUGCCACUUGCUAUGGGCGCGAAUUUCCAGACCCGACUGCUGGCGCAACUGGUUCUCCAUCGGCUGUCGAUCAAGUCCGAAGAAUCCUGCCUUGAGUUGGCGAUUGCGGACGCCUUGAAGAACUCAAUCGAGAAGACAUUGGGCGACAAGUUGAGCGAGUUCCAGAACGAAGCGCGACUUGUGUUACCGGAGCUGGGCUCAGAAUGCGUGAAUAAUAUUUCCUCUGCCAUUCUCUGGAUGACGAAUGCCCCAUUUGAUGAAAAUAUAGACUCUUGCGUGGGCUGUAGAUAUCACUUUAGAAUGAAACUUGAGCAGGUCCGUAAGACCUUUAAAGCGAAAAAGUCUUCGUUGGCGCCUGAGCUGGCUUUGUCUUCGACGGCAUCCAACGGAAACGUGCAAAGAAAAAUGAAUCCCGUGGGCGACAUUUACCCGGAUAGUGACUUUGUGGAUGCGAAGAAACCACCGCGUGAUCACGAGCUUAUUGUGGUGGCUUCCCUGAUCGACAAGUUGCCUAAUUUGGGAGGACUCGCCCGCACCUGUGAGGUCCUGGGCGUUGAGACCCUCAUAUUGGGCCUAAAGUCGCAUGCAGAGAAAAGCGAUUUCACCAACUUAAGCAUGACCGCCGAGAAGACCUUGGACAUUGUGGAAGUGAAACCCGAGGCAUUGGCGGAGUUUCUUAUGGGAAAACAGAUGGAAGGCUACAAAAUCGUUGGUGCUGAGCAGACGGCACAUAGCACAAAUUUCGUCGACUUUAAGUUCCCCAGGAAGUGUAUUUUGUUGCUGGGGCAUGAAAAGCACGGAAUACCUGCAGACCUCAUUGGAUUCCUGGACUAUGCCGUGGAAAUUCCGCAAUUUGGCUUGGUGCGAUCCCUGAAUGUGCAUGUAACCGGUUCGCUUUUCAUUUGGGAGUAUUGCAAGCAGCACUUGGCCAAGGAAUAACUUGUAUUUCGGCUAAUACAGUAUAAUAUAUAGUAAUUUAAUUUGCCCUACA